GAUACGGGGCUGGCUGCACAGAUAAAAGGACGCCCGCUGGGAGGGAGGGCUCUGUUUCUUGUCUGUCCCUGCGUUUCGACCUCGCUGCCCGUCCACUUUCGACCUUCGCAACCGCGCCUUCGCCGCUCGGCGCUCGCCGCUCGUCGCCUCUCCGGCCUACCCACCUCCCGUCAGAGUUUUGGUCCUAAUCCUCAAAGGAAACCAAUAUCGUGGGUUGCUCCCCCCAGAUCUCUGCCUCCGCGGCGAGUGGGGAAUAAGAGGAGCCGCCGCCGCCGCCGCCGCCGCCGGCCGGCACCUCCGCUCCGCAGCACUGGAAUGGGGAACUAUCUGACGAGUAGAAUAACGGCAGAGAAGCAUGCCCAUGUCAAGCAGACAUCCAAGAAUCGCAAUGGAAGGCCUGGCCUUAAAUUUCAUGACCUUCCAGAGGAUGUACUGUGCACAAUUUUAUCGAAAUUACCUGCAAAAGAGGCUGUUCGGACCAGUGUUUUGUCGACUGACUGGAGAUGUACAUGGACAGCUUGCCCCAGACUAAGCUUUGGUGUCGAUGAUGUAAGUAAGAAUGCAAAAAGGAAACACCAGCACACCCAGAUGUUCAUCGACCGUGUUAAUGCGGUUUUGACCAAGCACAGCGGCAGGGCUCUUGACCAACUUGAGAUUAAAUUUAUAUUCGAGGCCAAGCUUGUUGAUCACCUCAAUAAUUGGAUUAGAUUUGCUAUGUCAGCCCACACAAAGAGUCUAGCUUUUGAUUUGGCGCCACCGGACAAUUUUCCCAAAUAAGGGGAUCAUUACAGAUUCCCAUUUGAACAAUUUACAGACAAGAAAAGUGUAUCCUGUCUAGCGUGUCUUCAACUCAGCUUUGUAUGUUUCGAACCACCUCCUGCCAAUUUCAUAGGUUUCCCAAACCUAAGAAAGCUUCAUCUCCAUGUACUCAAGACCACUAGACAGGAUCUCGAGAGUAUCUUGUGCAGUUGUGUUAAUCUUGAAUGGCUGAGCUUACUCAGAUGCCAUCUCAAGGAUCAAAUGAAGGUGGUUCGGCGGCCAUUGUCCCACCUCCGCUACUUGAAAGUCGUGCACUGUGAUAUAACCAAGAUAGAGUUCAAUGCUCCAAUGCUCUCCACCUUUGUUUAUGAUGGACCAUACAUACCUAUUACCCUCCAUGCUGCGAAGCUGGAAAAUGCAACAAUUAGGUUCCUCGGCGCAGUUUUUCAGCAUUGUAUCGCGUCACUCCUCAAUGGGCUACCAGAUGUACACAACCUGACACUGCAUCUUGGAAUGCAAGAGCUUGAGGCCCGGUGGAUGUUAAAUAGCCCUCGUGUGUUUUCUCACCUUAGGCAUGUGCAAAUACUGUUGAUUAUACAUUAUGAAGAAUAUGACAAAAUCCUCUACUUAGUUUCUUUUUUAAGGGUUGCUCCGUUCAUUGAAAAGUUGGAAGUACAUUUUCAUGAUAUUGGCACUUUGUGGUUUGCAACCGAUGGACCUUUGAGACAAGAAAUGCCACCGUGUGAAGAUAAAUUUGUUAAUCUGAAGGACGUUCGAGUUACAGGAUUCAGAGGGGCACGCGGCCAAGCUGAAUUCCUUAUGCACGUGGUUGAAAAUGCUCCUGCAAUAGAGGUCGUGACUGUAGAUACAGCUCAAAGGCUAACUGAUGCUUGGGAUCCAAAUGAACCAAUUCCUAGACUAGAUAGUGCUGCUCUUGAUAUGGUUAGAGCUCCCCUCCUUAAGACACUCCCACCGAAUGCAAAACUUUCACUUAUUUAAGGCAGACUUGCAUCUGUUGCAUAUAUGUAGCUUCCGAAAGUAGAGUAAAUCUGGCAUGUAAUUUCUCUUUAAUUGUUAAAUUAGUUAUCAUCAA